UACAUAUAUAUAUAUAUGGUGAGCAUGUCUUCACCAAUCUGGUUUUGUCCAUGUUAUUGUCUUUGUCCAGACCUGUGUCCAUACGCUGAAAACAAUGGGAAGCUUGAGGUUCCAUGCAUUUCUCCUGCUGCUCUUGUACACUACUGUGGUGCAGAUAACUGCAGGAGUGACUCACAUGGGCUUGUUUCCUGAAGCAGCUGAUUACUCGUUCUACAACUGUCGGAAAGAGAUGCUGCAAAUGGUCACAAAACGUGGAGGUCUGCUGCAGACAGAGCUUAACAACAAUAAGGAUUUUAAAACUAUGUGGGAAAACACAACAUGCAAAAAGGCCAUUCCAGGGAGUACACCGGAGCACAUGACUGCGCUGCAGAACUAUGUUGAAGCUUCUGAAUUUCGUAAAACAUUCAAGAACUUGGUUCAGAAACACGGCAGGAGCAGAUCAACUUACAGAGACGAGUUUCCUUUCAAAUCUCUUUUCUUCCUGCUGACAGAUGCCAUGAAUCUCACAGGCCACAAGGAAUGUCGUACAGUGUACUCUGGCGCAGAGAAGCAAUAUGAUGCCAAAAUUGGAGAGAAAGUACGUUUUGUGAGUUUUUUUCCAGCAAAACUGCAAUUUUCUGUUGCAACUGAAGAUGCAAGUACAGAUGGAGACACUGGGACUGUUUUCAACAUCACUUCUUGUUCUGUGAUUAAUCUUGAAGAUUAUGGGUGUAGUUCAGAGGAAAUGGAUGCACUAAUAUCACCCACUGAAGUUUUCACAGUUAAGGAUAUCACACCUGUUAAGAAUAAUAAUGAUGAUUACAUAGAGAUCACCUUGGUGCAUUCUCACUUUAACAGUUCUUCUGACUGCAGCAGCCUUGUCAGCUUACCUGAAGAAUCUAAAGAAUCAUCGACAAGUUUCCUGACUUCCAGUUUCCUGAAUCUGAUGUCUUCCUUUCUCCUGAUGUGCUUCUACACGCUGAUUCUGUGAUAAACUCUGUUUGUUCUCAGAAAUGCAUGAAUAGUAAAAGUUACAUUCAUUCUCUUAAUAAUUGUUUACCACAUCCAGUGUUCUUGACAUUCUGAUGAAUUUAUCACAAUAAUAAAUUACUUUUAUUUUUAA